AUGAGCACCAGCCUCAGGCAGACUGGCUACAGAAUAACGUCCACGUUUCACUCCAGAUCAUUCCAUGCUCCCAGCAGGAAGGAAAUGGCUGCAAUGGAGCUGGCUCAGCCUCACCUCACCCCGCUGCCAGCGCAAUGCCCUGGGUGGCGGGCCUGCGAGCUCCUGGGGCAGUGCCGCGGGAGAGCCCAGCCUGACCCGGUGCUCUAUGCUGCACGGUGUGUGGCUGUAGCACCACCAGCCACCGGUGCUCCAGGUAACGCGGAGUUGGUGACUUUCGAGGAGGUGGCUGUGUAUUUCACCAAGGGAGAAUGGGCUCUGCUGGACCCCACUCAGAGAGCCCUCUACAGGGAUGUCAUGCAGGAGAACUAUGUGACGGUGGUCUUGCUGGGGUUUCCAAAUUCCAAACCUGAUUUGAUCUCACAGCUGGAACGAGGGGAAGAGCCGUGGGUCCUGGACCUCCAGGGCUCUGAGAAAGAAGUGCUUCCAAGAGCUGCCUUCACAGGUGAUGGGAUGGUGAGUCAGAAUGAGGAGGAGAAACCCCAUCAGGAAGAUGCUGAGCAAGUAGAACCACAUGGGACGUUAUCAGGAAGAUCCAAAGGGAAUGUUUCCGGGAGUUGUGCACUCCAAGAAAAAGCAAAAGCCUGUGAGACUCAGGAGAGGCCGGAGGAAAACUUCAGUAGCCACUCAGACCUUAUAACACGUGACAGAAUCCACUUGGAAGAGACACACUACACAUGCCAUGAGUGUGGGAAAAGCUUCAAUCAGAGCUCUGUCCUUAUCACACAUCAGACAAUCCACACGGGUGAGAAACCUUAUGAAUGCUCUGAGUGUGGGAAAUGCUUCAUUGAUAGUUUAGCCCUCAUCUCACAUCAGCGAAUCCAUACAGGAGAAGCGCCCUACACAUGCUCUGAGUGUGGGAAAAGCUUCAUUCUUCAUUCAGGCCUCAUCUUACAUCAGAGAAUCCACACAGAAGAGAAGCCCUACACAUGCUCUGAGUGUGGGAAAAGCUUCAAUUGGAGCUCACACCUUAUCACACAUCGUAGAAUCCACACAGGAGAGACGCCCUACACAUGCUCUGAGUGUGGGAAAAGCUUCAGUCAGAGUUCAAACCUUAUUAAACAUCAGAGAAUCCACACGGGGGAGACGCCCUACACAUGCUGUGAGUGUGGGAAAAGCUUCAAUCAGAGCUCUGCCCUGAGCACACAUAGGAGAAUCCACACAGGAGAGACACCCUACACAUGCUCUGAGUGUGGGAAAAGCUUCAGUCAGAGGUCAUACCUGAUCAGACAUCAGAGAAUCCACACAGGGGAGAAGCCCUACACAUGCUCUGAGUGUGGGAAAAACUUCAAUCGGAGCUCACACCUUAUCACACAUCAUAGAAUCCACACAGGAGAGACACCCUACACAUGCUCUGAGUGUGGGAAAAGCUUCAGUCAGAGUUCAAACCUUAUUAAACAUCAGAGAAUCCACACAGGGGAGAAGCCCUACACAUGCUCUGAGUGCGGGAAAAGCUUCAAUCUGAGCUCACACCUUAUCACACAUUGUAGAAUCCACACAGGAGAGAUGCCCUACACAUGCUCAGAGUGUGGGAAAAGCUUCAGUCAGAGUUCAAACCUUAUCACACAUCAGAGAAUCCACACAGGGGAGACACCCUACACAUGCUCUGAGUGUGGGAAAAGCUUCAAUCACAGCUCUACCCUUAUCACACAUCGUAGAAUCCACACAGGGGAGACGCCCUACACAUGCUCUGAGUGUGCAAAAAGCUUCAAUCACAGCUCAAACCUUAUUAGACAUCAGAAAAUCCACAUGAGAGAGAACUGUAAUAAAUCCUUUGACUAG